CUCUGUAGUGCUCCAAAGGAAGUCUAUUAUGUUCUAAUGGAACUCUGUAGUGUUUUCAUAGAACACUGUAUUGUUCUAAUGGAACUCUGUAGUGUUCUAGUGGAACUCAGUAAUGUUGUAUAGAACUCUGUAGUGCUCUAAUGGUUAUCUGAAGUGCUCUGUGGAACUCUAGAGAACUCUGUAGUGCUCUAAUGGAACUCUGUAGUGUCCUAAUGGAACUCUGUAGUGUUCUAAUGGAACUCUGUAGUGCUCUAAUGGAACUCUGUAGUGCUCUAAUGGAACUCUGUAGUUUUCUGUAGAACUCUGUAACGUUCUCAUGAACUUUGGAGUGCUCUAAUGGACCUCUAGAGAACUCUGGGACGUUCUAAUGGAACUUUAGAGAACUCUGGGAUGUUCUAAUGGAACUCUAGAGAACACUGGGAUGUUCUAAUGGAACUUUAGAGAACUCUGGAAUGUUCUAAUGGAAUUUUAGAGAACUAUGUAGUGUUCUAAUGGAACGCUAGAGAUGUCUGCAGUGUUCUAAUGGAACUCUAGAGGACUCUGGAGUGUUCUAAUGGAAAUCUGAAGAACUCUGCAGUGUUGUAAUAGAACUCAGUAGUGUUCUAUAGAACUGUGACCGGAACUCUAGAGUUCUACAUUGACUUUGUGAUGUGAUUGGCUGAAAUGACUUGAGCUUUUUUCUUUCUUUUCCUCUCCUCUAUUUCAUCCCUCUUUUGUCUUUUUCAAUUCAUACACACAGCACAUGGACUGUGGCAUUAGUAUGUCUCAUUGGCCUCUGUUAAGUGUGUCUAUGGGUGCUCGUGCGUGUGAGUGCGUGUGAGUGUGUGUGCGUGUGUGUGUGUAUGUGUGUGUGUGAGAAAGAAAGACAGAGAUAGUGUUUGAUAAGAGUUUCUCAGUAAACUCCUGUGCUGCAGCUCUUUCCUCUCAGUUUCUGUUUUUGUCCUUCUGCUUUUUUUGCACUUCUGCACUUGUGACACAUUCUUUAAUUUGGACAGAUAAAAUAAAAAAACUUUAGAUGCCACAUGAACCUUCUAGUUCAAAGUUCAUCCUUUCAAUUUUUGCUUAGUGUCUGUUUUUAUCUUUUUAUUUUUGUAUGCUCAUUGAAAUCUAACACAUUCGUGCAAGCCCCUGCCGCUUGUCCUGUUUAUUCUUGCCGCCGUUUUUCUAUUUAUUGCCCCCAGAUGUGUGCGUGUGUGUGCGUGUGUGUGCGUGUGUGUGUGUGUGUGUGUGUGUGUUUGCUGGCCUUCUGUCACGCCACGCCAAAUCGCUCUCACCUACUUUUCCGCAUCAUCUGAAAAGUGCCUUGGGUUGAUCCUCAAGCUCUGUUUUAAUGAUUAUAUUGUGUAUAUGUAUAUAUAAAAAUAAAUAAAUAUCUAAUUCCCCAGUUUUAAUGCUAGGCGCAUUUUUAGCACCGCGCUGCGCAUUUUUAUUGCAUUAGCAAACGGCACUGUUUUGCCAGAUGCAACUAAUCUUUUGUUCGCAGAUAAACUCGGCGGGUUUUUAUCCCUGAAUUAGGAACACAUUUGUAUGACGGGUAAAAUGUGUUUUUAAUAAAUCAUUCAUCCAGCAAUGAAGAGUGGAGGGGGAGUCAAAGAGAGAGAGAGAGAGAGAGAGAGAGAGAGAGAGAGAGAGAAACAGAUAACAACAGCUAUGAGGAAUUAAAAAUUUAAAGGAUUACACAGAAAAGCAGAGGGUGAGGAGAUAAAAGUAGGGAUUACAAUGACUUAGAGAGAGAGGACGCUGGAUGCUUCAGUUCUGCUUUCGAGUAAUGCACUCCAUCAGUGGUGAAGGAGCGAGUGCUGGAUAUGUGUGUGUGUGUGUGUGUGUGUGUGUGUGAGUGUAUGAGUGAGUGUGUGUGUUUAUGAAGUGUCGGUGUUUAGCAGGCGUGCGAGCGACAGCACCGGGUUCCUCAGUGUGUUUAGCAGCAGCGUGCGCGUGUGUCUGUGUGUGUGAGCGCUCGUCCGCUCAUCUCUUCUGUCCUGAUGGCUGCGUCUCUGAUGUCUUCCAAGCGACCAGCCUCUCCAUAUGGGGGAACAGAUGGAGAGGUAGUCAUGGCGACGAGCAGACAGCGAUUGGACGAUGACGAGGUUGACGGACAUGCUGUCAUUCACCUGCCCCUGAGCUCGUACUGCAGCUCGCCACGCGCCCCGGACAGCCCGCCCACACUACACAGCAGCACGGAGCAGGAGAGCAGUAAAGGCCAGGCCCUGAGCCCAUACCCCCAGCACAACUCUUCUACCUCACCCAGUAAACAGCAACAGCAGGACGAGGGCUCAGGUUCGGCCACGGCUCUGGGAACGCCGGAGAGGCGUAAAGGCAGCCUGGCCGACGUAGUGGACACGCUGAAACAGCGCAAGAUGGAGGAGCUGAUCAAGAGCGAGCCUGAGGAGGCCCCCAGCAUUGAGAGGCUUCUGUCCAAGGAUUGGAAGGACAAGCUGCUCGCGAUGGGCUCUGGUCACUUCGGAGAGAUCAAAGGUACCCCGGACAGCCUGGCGGAGAAGGAGAGGCAGCUGAUGGGGAUGAUCAGCCAGCUGAGCAGCCUGAGGGAGCAGCUGUUAGCCGCCCACGAGGAGCAGAAGAAGCUGGCCGCCUCGCAGAUCGAGAAACAGAGACAGCAGAUGGAGCUGGCCAAGCAGCAGCAAGACCAGAUUGCUCGACAACAACAGCAGCUUCUGCAGCAACAGCACAAAAUCAACCUCCUGCAGCAACAGAUCCAGCAGGUCCAGGGUCAGCUGCCACCUCUGAUGAUUCCUGUUUUCCCUCCAGACCAGAGGACUCUGGCAGCAGCCGCAGCCCAGCAAGGAUUCCUCCUGCCCCCAGGCUUCAACUACAAAACCGGCUGCACUGACCCAUACCCCCUUCAACUGAUCCCAACCACCAUGGCAGCUGCUGCAGCUGCCACACCAGGCCUCGGACCUCUUCAGCUUCAGCAGCUGUAUGCAGCUCAGUUGGCAGCCAUGCAGGUAUCUCCGGGGUCCAAGCACAGCGCCGUGCCCCAGCCCAACCUGGCAGCAGGAACGCACUCGCCUACCAGUGGCCAGAGCGAGAAGAGCAGGAGCAGCCCACCACCCAAGGCCAAGGACGAGGGCGCUCAGCCCCUGAAUCUGUCAUCCAAGCCUAAGACAUCCGAGAGCAAGUCACCCACCUCCCCCGCUUCCCCACAGGUCCCUGCCAUGAAGCUGGGUCCCGGAUCCAUGAAGCACAGUGCCCCCUCAAGCAUCGGAGGACCUCCACCCAGAGUCAGCUCCAUAGACCUGCUGUCCUCCAUCACUUCUGGAGGCUACCUGAACGACCACGAGGCCGUGAGCAAGGCCUUCCAGGAGGCACGGCAGAUGAAGGAGCAGCUGAAGAGAGAGCAGCAGGUCCUGGAUGCCAAAGUGGCAGCGGUUAACAACCUCACCCUCAACAACGGACGCUUGGAAAAGGAGAAAGCAGCUCUUGAAAGCCUGAGUCAGCAGAUGAAACAGUCCGAGGAGAACAAGUUCACUCACGCCAUGAUGGACUUCGGCAUGAGCGGCGACUCCGACGGCAGCCCCAGCGUGUCAGAUUCGAGGAUUUUCCGCGAGGCUCGAGGUCGUGGUAACGGUGAACCACACAUCAAGAGGCCCAUGAACGCCUUCAUGGUUUGGGCAAAAGACGAGAGGAGGAAAAUCCUGCAGGCUUUUCCCGACAUGCAUAACUCCAACAUCAGCAAAAUCCUCGGUUCUCGCUGGAAGGCUAUGACUAAUCUGGAGAAGCAGCCGUACUACGAGGAGCAGGCUCGUCUCAGCAAGCAGCACCUGGAGAAAUACCCCGACUACAAGUACAAGCCGCGGCCCAAGCGCACCUGCCUGGUGGACGGCAAGAAGCUGCGCAUCGGCGAGUACAAGGCCAUCAUGCGCAACCGCAGACAGGAGAUGCGUCAGUACUUCACUGUGGGGCAGCAGGCCCAGUUGCCGCUCUCCUCAGCGGGCGUGGUCUACCCCGGCGCUCUGUCCAUGGCGGGCAUGCCGUCCCCUCAGAUGCCGUCUGAGCACUCGAGCAUGUCCAGCAGCCCCGAGCCAGCUCCGCCCACCGGCCCGCCCUCGUACCUCAGCAUCAGCAAGGGGGACGAGCCUCGCAUCAAGGAGGAGGUGCUGCGGAUGGACGAGAGCAACGGCGACGCCUACGACGACUUCGACUACGAGGACGAGGACGGAGACUUCGGCAGCGACAGCGAAAAUCACGUCGCGCAGUAAAUUUAAAAAAAAAAACACUUUUUUUUUGGAGCUGAUCCCUCGUUUCUUGUCCCGCCCUGCCUCUAUUCCACCCAAUCAGGACUCAGAAAGAGCCACACCCACAACCCCCUCCUAACCCCUCCCUGAUACCAGCAGCAGUAAAGCACAGGACGUGUCAGAGUAACUGUUACACUAAAUGAGAACGUCGGACGUCACGUGAGCGAACACAUCUCGAGUAAGCUACAGAAAGUAAGAUAUGAUAAGAUAAGGAAACUUUCACAAAAAAAAAAAACUUAUUAUAAUAAAAAAACAGGACCUGUUCUUCGGCCUGUCACUUUAAAACGGUGGACCUGCUUGUCUAUAAAGAGACAUUUUUUUUUCUGGGUUCUAUAAUAUUCUCACUCAGGUACACGGUGCCAACAAGUGGCUUGUGAAUGUGAUUUGUUGUUUUUGUGCUUACGGUUUUAAUAGAGAUAAAAGAAAAAAAACACAUUUAUUUUCCUGGUUUUGACGUUUUAAAAAGAAGCACCAGACAGGAGUAACACUUUACCUUUUAUUAUUUUUGUUUUAGUUAUUUUUUUAAAAAUUUCCUGCCUGUGUUAGGUGUUAAACCUCUUCUCUGAAUCCUGUAUCUCACACACAGACACACACACCCAUAUCCACACACACUUUGUAAUACACACUCAUGCUUUUUGCAUGAAUGUUAGGCGGGGAUCGAGGGCUGUGUUUCACUCCCGUACGCUUUUUUUCGGCACUUAUGAAAUCCAGUGACCCGUGUAUAUUGUUUGGAUCAGUUUUUAUUUUAUUACACACGCACACACAUGCACACAUGCACACACACACACGCACACACAUUUCAAUCCACAAACAGGCCUAAAGCGAGGCAGCAGGACGGAAAUAAAAACAACGUGUUCCUGUGAGAAGGCAAAAACUGCAGAACUGAGAUCCAGCCUCUCUGCUCCGUCUCGGUCCCUCAGUUCUGUAUCUAAACAGACUGUUUUCACCAUUAUGGAGAACGCGGAGCCUCACGGUUCCAAGAGAAACAGAGAUGGAGAACAUGUGAGAGGAAAAAUCUCCGUAGACUAGAGUUUGGCGCUGAACAGAGAGAGAGAGAGAGAGAGAGAGAGAGAGAGAAAGAGAAUGGAGGGGUUUUAUAGACGCCCACACUAUUGCUUAAGCAAGGAAACCUCCAGAGCACUGAAGAACUCUGUGUGUGUGUGUGUGUGUGUGUGUACGCGUGUGUGAGCGAGUGUGUCACUAACCCCUCACCGAUAUCCCUUCCUUUAAUUAUCCUCACACCACCCUUUCCCACAAUAUUACUCUUAUCAGUUUACCUCCUGUUGCUCCUUAUAGGGACCGUGUUGCCACGGCAACGCAAUGAUUGACAGCUAUGGUGUACACAAACACCCCCGUCCACUCAAGCGCCAUCUCGUCAUCCUCGUCAUCGUUUCCUCUCUCCAACUAAACACGUCGCACUCUCUCCGAGCGCUCCGAUUGGUCGAAAUCUGAUCUCACGGUUCCAUGCCUAGCCCCGCCCCCUUUUUAAAACUAAGGUACUAACGCAGUGAGGUUUGAGCUCUCGUAUCGUGUGUUAUGCAUGUUUCUUUUCUGCUGAUUUUUUAUUUUCCGUCACUCUGCUGUCAAAAUCUUCGCUGUUUGAAGGAGGAGCGCUCUGAGUUUUCACACUCUGCAUGUCAAAUAGUUUUAUUUUGUAUUUGAAUACUGUAUUUUAAUUUUUUUUAUAUUCAGACUGCCUCUAGUGUAAAAAAAUAAUAUUAUUAACAAUAAUUAUAAAGAUGGUCAGCUUGUUUGGGUUUUUUUUUCUAAGUUUAGUAAGUUAUGUACAGUAUAAUUUAUUUUUCACCUCUUCUUCUUGGUUGUUUUUUUUUAAUUAUUAUAAUUUACAUUAUAAAAAACUGCUUUAUAAAGCGUUAUAUUUAGCUGGUAGGUAUGUAGAUCUAAUUACUCUGUGCUUUACCUUUUUUUUUUUUAUUUGAUUAAUUUUCAGUCUAUUAAUCCUGUUUCUACGCUGGUAUAUCUCAGAAAUGAUCACAAGGAACUGCUGAAAUGAAGGAUUUUUUUUUUUUUUCACCAUUCAUGAACUCCUGAACCUGUUUCUGAAAGCACUAGGACUCUGGACAUUCAGAGAAAGAAAAAAAAAACAAGAAGAACAUCACUUUUUGUUUUGUUUUGUUUUGUUUAUUAUUUUUAAUGGUUUUAUGUACAAUGUGAAAUUUUCGAUCUCUUUUAUUCCUUUUUGUUUUAUCAGUGAUUUUAUUCGACCCCAAUAUCAGUGAAGAAGACGUUCAGGAUGUUUAGUGGGAUUUGUAGAGACUCGAGACUCGGUGGAAUCUCACUGGUCCAAAAAAAAAAAAAAAAAAAAAGAUACAUUUGUUGUCCUCCAGUCUGGACGUGAUAAAGAUAAUUAUAACAAAACAUAUAUAUAUAUAUAUAUAUAUAUAUAUAUAUAUAUAUAUAUAUAUAUAUAUAUAUCAAAAAUUGGAAGAAGCUCAUGUGAUGCUCCACCGAGUGUCUCAUAUCAGAAAUGUAAUCUCUACAGGACGCCAUGAGGGAUUUGUUUUAGCUCCACACCAUGCCCGAACCUUUUAAAAUCACAAAACCACAACAUUAAUGUUUCCAUCCUGCUGUGUGGGUUCUUUUUUUUUGUUGUUGUUGUUUUUCCAAUCACAAUCAGGACCCUUUACAAUCAUCCAUAUAAUGAAGGACAGGGUCUAAAGCUGUCAAUCAUUUAUUAUAUAUAAAGCAUGAGGUUUUUGCUAUGAAUAAUAAUAGAUAAGACAAUCAAAGUCAUGGGUGGAGCUCAAAACAAAAGUGAAAAUUAAAACUAAAACACACACACACACACACACACACACUUGCAUU